AUGCCCUAUGACGCGCUAUUCAGCAAGCUGGGGAGUCUCUCCAUCCAUGCUUCUAUCCAAUCGUCUCCUGCACUUUCUAGCAAGUGGCAGAGAUUCUUGGAUGACCUUGCUCCGCCUCACUUGCACCUUGGAAGACGCCUCCGCGACGUCUUGGACAACCUCCUUCAGCCCCUCAACCAUGCCCUGAAUUACCGUAGCAAAGAGUCCACCAUUGUUGUGCUCACGAUGAGUAGCGAGUCUGUGCAGACUCCGGCGCAGCGUCGCUUUCUGCGGCCGAACCUACGGUCGGCCUCUAUGAUACAGCCAACAACCGGUGAACGCGUCAGAAAGUCCUUUACCCUACGCCGACCCGCCCACCGUUCGACCCCAUCCAGCGAAUUCCUGCUUGCGCCUGGCCACUUCGACCCCGAGCGUCAUCGAGAGAUGAGUAGGAUGGAACAGUGGAAAGAGUACUGCAAAUACAAGUACUGCCAAGCGUACAGUUAUGCGGCAUCUCCCGUCGGUGUUGGCAUAUUGAAGUGCUCUCUGGCAUACAUACUGGGUUCACUGGCGACCUUUGUACCAUUCAUCGCUGCGCUAUUGGGCAGAAAUGACGGAAAGCACAUUGUGGCUACCAUCACUGUAUAUUUCCACCCCGCGCGGUCAGCUGGUAGCAUGAUCGAGGCAGUAUUGCUGGCGUUCUGCGCAUUUCUCUACGCGGCCGCCAUCUCGUUUUCCAGCAUGGCUGUCAGUGUAUACUCGGGACAACAUGGCUACCUUGCUCUUGGGCAUGCGAUUGUGCUCAUUUUCUUCUUAGGGGGUGGCCUGGGACUCGUUGGAUGGACGAAACAUAAGCUGGGCAACCCACUCGUCAAUGUAGCUUGUUCCCUAACAUCGCUGGCGCUGAUUACCGUCCUGACCAAAGAAGGAGCGGUACAGGCGGGCAUGUUCUCGUACAACAAAGUUUGGCAGGUGUUGAAGAUGGUCAUCAUGGGAUGCACAGCGUCUGCACUUGUCUGUCUUCUGGUACGACCUACGUCAGCUCGCACCGAAUUCCGCGAUACUUUUAUCCAGUCUACCGAUGCCAUGGCUGACAUGCUGAAUGGCAUCACCCGCAGCUUCCUCUCAGGCGCUGAGCAGGACCUCAAGAGUGAAGCCUUUAUCAAGGCCUCGAAUAAAAGUCAGGCGACCUUCAAGACCCUCGUGAAGAACUUGGGUGAGGCUAAAUUUGAGCACUACGUACUCGGAACUGAACAAGAAUACAAGAUCCACGCGAGGCUUGUAAAAUGUCUAGAAACUCUCAUGCAAAGUAUUGGUGGAUUGAGAAGUGCUGCAGAAACGCAGUUCACCUUACUUGCUCAGUCAGAUCCAGGCGAGACGCGGUCGGAGAUCAUGCCUGGCAACGGCACAGUCACAUCGUCUAUCUUCUCAGAGCACACGAUUUCUCAAAGCCCUCCACUAUUCUCUCCGAGCCUCAGCUAUUCAGAGAGGCGUUCAAGUAUCCUCGCGUCCAUUGAUGAACUUCCAGAAGGCUCUGCAGAUGCCUCAGCUUAUGCUUCCCCCGAGGUGUCUGACGAUGAAGAGCCUGGUCAGAAGAGACCAAGUUCGCAGAGAGUCCCAACCGUCUUGCAGGGCAGCCUCACGCCUGCAGAUAUGUUCUCUGUGUUUAUCGCUCAUCUGGGACCGCCUAUGAAAUCACUGGCGUACACUUUAUCUGAGGUUCUUUCGGAGCUACCCUUCGGCCCUGGACCCGAGUACAAUAUGGCAAUCAAUGAACACUUCCGCCAUAGUCUUAUCGAUGCGAAGGUGUUGUUUGCCAAUGCUAGACGAGACGCCCUAACAGCUGUCUACAAGAACAAAGUACCUACGCGAACGAGCACUGCAGCCGUAGCUGCAGACUAUGAGGAAGUCGCUGCAAGCUGUGGGUACUUCAGUCUGUCUUUACAUGACUUUGCGGAAGAUAUGGUCGCCUUCCUAGACAUUCUCGAAGAGCUGAAGGCCAAUGUCAACCGUUACCCACGACGGAGGACUUAUCAUUGGCUGAAGUUUUGGCAAAGAGGGCGUCGCAGUAAGCAGCCAGGAGGUGAUGACUCUGAGGACGCAUUUCUCAUUGAUCAAGGAGAAACCCAAACACCUGGUGGCUCACACGAAAUCCACAAUCCCAUCUACCGUAAAUCCACCAGAGGCGAUCCAUAUCGAUCAGAGAAUGAUCAGCCGCUAUCAUAUCGCAUAUGGGUGUCGUUGGCCGUGUUCAGGCGGGACGAUUUGAAGUUUGCAGUCAAGGUCGGUAUCGGUGCAAUCCUCUACGCCAUGUGGUCUUUCAUCGAACCUACAAGGGCCCUAUACAGUCUCUGGAGAGGUGAAUGGGGGCUUUUGUCGUACAUGUUGGUGUGCUCGAUGACAAUCGGCGCUAGCAACACAACAGGGUUUCAGCGUUUCGCCGGUACAUGCCUUGGCGCGGUCUUCGCGAUUGCUGCAUGGAUUGCCGCUGACGACCACGCGUUGCUCCUCGGAUUUUUUGGCUGGCUCGUCUCGCUCUUCUGCUUCUACAUCAUUGUUGGCAAGGGGAAGGGUCCUAUGGGGCGCUUCAUUCUACUCACGUACAACCUUUCCGCCCUCUACGCCUACUCACUCUCUGUCAAAGAUGACGACGAUGACGACGACGAAGGUGGCAUCUCACCUGAGAUCUGGGAGAUCGUGCUACAUCGUGUUGUAGCCGUCAUGGUUGGUUGUUUAUGGGGAGUGAUAGUAACUCGACUGAUUUGGCCGAUAUCAGCACGUCGUAAGGUCAAGAAAGGAACCUCGUUAUUGUGGCUGAAGAUGGGUCUUAUCUGGAAGCGCGGGCCUCUAAAGACACUGCUCGAGUCGUACGAGAACAGUGCUGGACGACAACAUUCAUUCAUGAGUGAACGUGAAGAACUCGAGUUGCGUCGCUUUCUCGGCCAUUUGGAGACAUUGCGCGCUUCAGCUGCGGCGGAAUUUGAGCUCAGAGGACCGUUCCCAGAUAAGAGCUUCAAGGUCAUACUGGGUGCAACGAGUCGGAUCCUUGACAGCUUUCAUGCGAUGAAUGUCAUCAUUUUGAAAGACUCUGAACAGUCUGAAGGUGAGAAAGAAGCCCUUCGAUAUACGAAGAAGGAGUGGACAGAGUUGAGUUGGCGCAUCAGUCACUUGUUCUCAGUCAUGGCCUCAUCCAUGAAACUAGCAUACCCACUUAACGAUGUAUUGCCAAACGUGGAGCAUACGCGAGACCGAUUGCUUGCAAAGGUGUUCGAGUUCCGGCAAACAGGGCUCGGUAGGGUCGUCGCCAAGGAUGAAGACUACGAGCUCUUGUACGCUUAUGCAUUGGUGACGGCACAGUUGGCCCAGGAUCUGGGUCUGAUUGGGCAGGAGAUCGAGAAGUUGUACGGUGUUCUGAGUGAAGAGGAUUUGAAGUUACAAUAA